UGGUUUAGUAAUUUUUGGUAAGGUUUACCCAUAUUUUUUUUUUCACAAUAUUUUGAAAAACCAGUUUUUGCAAACCAAGCAGAAGAUUCGGUGUUUAUUUGGUUUCCUUUGCGGCAAGAAAUACAGAGUAGAGAUUAGAGAAGAAGGCAGGCAAGGCAAAGCAAGAAGAAAAGGCAGAGAGAGAAAAGGACUAAAAUAGAAAUGGACGUGAUCAAAACACAGCAAAUAUCGUCUCGGCCGAUUGAGAAGGUGAUAGUCCACCCUUUGGUUCUCCUCAGUAUCGUGGACAACUACAAUCGCGUCGCCAAAGACACCCGUAAGCGCGUCAUCGGAGUCCUUCUUGGCACCUCCUUCAAAGGCACCGUUGACGUCACCAACAGCUAUGCAGUGCCUUUUGAGGAAGAUGAGAAGGACCCGAGUAUAUGGUUCCUUGACCACAACUACCAUGAAUCAAUGUUUUCAAUGUUCAAAAGGAUUAAUGCCAAGGAGCAUGUUGUUGGUUGGUAUAGCACUGGCCCAAAAUUACGGGAAAAUGAUCUAGACAUUCACAGAUUAUUCCACAAGUAUGAUUCUGUCAUUUUGAAGUUCAUUCCAUUGAUUGACUGCUUUUGGUGUUUCGGCUAUGUCCCAAAUCCUGUCUUGGUGAUUAUUGAUGUCCAACCUAAGGAGUUGGGGAUACCCACUAAGGCCUACUAUGAUGUUGAAGAGGUCAAGGAGAAUGCUACUCAAAAGAGUCAAAAGGUUUUUGUUCAUGUUCCAUCUGAAAUUGCUGCUCACGAAGUUGAGGAGAUUGGAGUGGAACACUUGCUUAGGGAUGUAAAGGAUACAACAAUUAGUACACUUGCAACUGAGGUCACAGGGAAACUCACAGCUUUGAAGGGUUUGGAUGCGAGGUUACGGGAGAUACGCGGUUACCUUGAUCUUGUUAUUGAUGAGAAGCUUCCUUUGAAUCAUGAAAUACUUUACCAUUUACAGUUAAACUAAGUUGAGUGAAAGCUGAAAAUGAAGCUAAAGAUAUUUUACAAUUAUGAACUUUAGGUUUUAAUAUUCUGGAUUAGCUUAAUGUAUCUAGAAUAUGAAGUGGAGUAUAUAUACUUGUGAAUGUUUUCUAGUUAGUGUCCAUCUUGCUCCUGGUCUGCUAUGUUAAAACUACAGGAUGUGUUCAACUUACUGCCAAACCUAAACGUAAAUGAUUUAAUCAAGGCUUUUGCAGGUAAUACAAAAUUAACGAGUGUCAAAAAUUGCUGAAAGUGCUCAUUUUUCAGAUUAGAUGGCGAUAUUUGUUAAGUUUUGAAGUUCUGAUCCAGAUUUUCCGUUUAUUGCAUUACAAACAAAUGAUAUGAUGUUGGUUAUGUAUCUGUCGUCUCUCAUUCGAAGUGUAAUUGCACUCCAUAACUUGAUCAACAACAAGAUGCUAAACAAAGAACAUGAGAAAGCUGAGGAUGCAAAGCCGGCAACUAUCCAAGCUGCCAGUUGAAGCUGAAUAUCAUCUUGGGUUUCAUAGAUUUGACAUUCUUGAGAUUUUGUAUCCUUAGAUCAGUCGGAUAUCCCCAGGCUCCAAACAUGAUAUUUUAUCCUCUUUGUUUUUCAUACAACUGCAGACUGGUAAUGAAGUGUCCCUCCAUUAACGUUAUACAGUAUGUGGAAGCCAAUCAUUUGAGUUUUAGAUACUGUGUUCUCCCCCACCCAACCCCCCCCCCCGGGGCCCAGAAAAAAAAUUGUAUUUAAUUCGUAGCAGUUUGGGUUCUAUCUGUUUUGAUCAUAUAAUUCACUUUAGGAUACCUGAAGGUAAUCUCAAAAUUUUCUAAGGUUGCGUUUGGGAACUAGUAUUUCAGAAUUUGGAUUAGAUUUCAAAAAUUAUGUAAAUUAUUUAGAAAUAUAUGUGAUAUUUAUAAAUUCAUGGAUUUGUUAGAA